AUGAAUCAAAGAUUUAAUAGUGUUCCUCGUUUAAAAAUUACUACCUCAUUACAAGUAGAAUAAAAUAGUAUUGGUAAUUCUCCAACUAUUUUUCAUACUCCAAGAAGAUUAGUAACAGAAUCAAACAAAUAAAAUUAUUUUCAUAAAUUAUCAUAUUAAGACUAAUGGAAAUCAGAAAGAUUAAUUAAAUAUGUAAAACACAAAAUAAUUGAUAAAGGAAUCAAUAAAAAAUAAGGUUUUUAAGAUAUAUUUCUAAUUAACAACUUUAAAGUAUUUAAGUAUUACAUACCAUUAUAUUCCAAAAUUGAAAAUGAAAAUGAACUCAUUUCUGAUUUUAUUGAAUAAAGUAUGCAUCUCAAAACCCUAUUGAAUUUAAAGUCCACACCAAAAAUUUGGACUCUCGAAGGCAUUUAGAUUAAAAAUUUCCAUUUGCCAAAAUAAAAAGUAUUUUAUAUAAAUAACAGCUUUGAUUUCUGGAAUAUGAUUGCUCAUUAUAAUUAAUUUCAUGGUUCCUUUUAAAUGAACCUACUCGAAUCACUCUAUGAUGACAUCUCAUAAUUUUCAAACUCUUCUCAAAUCUUUGAUUAUUUUUUUAGUGAUAUUAGUAAAAUCAAAAAUUAUUUUGCUUCACAAAUUAAUAAAUUACCUUACAUACAAAAUACACAAUCAAAAAUUGAUUUAAAUGAUCAUGAAAUUGAAACAGCCUUUGCAAUGUUAGAUACUGAAAAACAAAAAACUAAAGUAUAGAUCUAUGAAUAAUUAAAUAAAGAAAUGAAUAGUAAAUCAAAUUACUCUUAAAAAUCUAAUAAACUAAUUAGAUUAAAUAUUAAAACUCGAACAAGAUAAUCAAUUGAAUAAUAAAUCUUAUAAGAAAAUAUCACCAAUCCUGAAGAUCUAUAGUAGUAAAUUUAAGAAUAAGUAGAAUGUUCGAAUCUAUUCAUACCUUCAACUAAAAAUAUUGAAAUAUCUUAAGUUAACAAUCCAUUUCAAUUAAAAACAAAUUUAAAUGAUAGAUAUUUUAUGAAAAAUGUAAAUAUUGACAAAAUUUAAAUGGAUUAUAAAAUUACUAGAAGACAAACUAUUAAUUUUCUAACAAUCUUUAAAUGCUUAUUAAAUCGUGAACCACAACCAAGUAAAUUAUUGAUAUCUAAAGCCAACUUACUCUUGGCUUAUCCAUAUUUAAUGAUGGAGGGAUAAUCAUGUGGAUAUGAUACAUUUCUAUUCAUUAAAGAAACAAAGAUGUCUAGGUUUAGUUUCGAAGAAUUUGUAAAAAUAUUCAUUUAAGGAAAAGCAUGA